UCGGCAGCUCAGAAAUGCUAACACUUUCAUUCAAGCUUCAAACGUAAUGUACGUUUAUAUGGAGCUGACAGGAGUCGACAUUUAACCACAUGUGCUGUCUCUGUUAACUGUUGACGUCCUAAUCUGUUUGAGGCAUACGUUACUGUUUCCUAGCCGUUAGUGACGUUAUUUUCUAACGUUUAAGCGAACGUCGACGCCAAUGUUAACUUUGCUGUUUGGUAAUAUUAGCUAACGGUUAAUUUUCGAUGUUUGACAUGUGGUCAUUUGGCUAACGGUUGUCACCAUGGUUCAUGAAACUGCCUACUACGAUCUCUUGGGUGUCAGCCCUAAAGCCUCUGCAGAGGAACUCAAAAAAGCCUACAGAAAACUCGCAUUGAAAUUUCACCCCGACAAGAACCCCAAUGAAGGAGAGAAGUUCAAGCUUAUAUCUCAAGCAUAUGAGGUGCUGUCAGACCCAAAGAAGAGAGACCUGUAUGACCAAGGUGGGGAACAAGCGAUCAAAGAGGGUGGCAUGGGCGGAGGAACAGCCCCAAUGGACAUUUUCAACAUGUUCUUCGGAGGUGGAGGAAGGAUGCAGAGGGAGAGAAAAGGGAAGAAUGUUGUCCACCAGCUUAGUGUUUCACUGGAGGAGAUGUACAAUGGCACCACCAGGAAGCUUGCACUCCAGAAGAAUGUAAUUUGUGAAAAGUGUGACGGGUAUGGAGGUAAGAAAGGUACCUUGGAGAAGUGCUCAACUUGUAAAGGAAGAGGAGUACAGGUCAAGGUGCAACAGAUUGGGCCAGGCAUGAUUCAGCAGAUCCAAACCAUGUGUUCAGACUGCCAGGGACAGGGCGAGUCAUUCAGUUCAAAGGACCGCUGCAAGAACUGCAAUGGACACAAAGUGGAACGCAAGAAGAAAAUUCUUGAAGUUCACAUCGACAAAGGUAUGAAAGAUGGCCAGAAAAUUUCAUUCAGUGGAGAAGGUGAUCAGGAACCUGGACUGGAGCCUGGGGAUGUAUACAUUGUGCUGGAUCAGAAAGAGCACCCCAUUUUCCAUAGACAAGAUGACAAUUUGAUAAUGAAGAUGAACAUUAAACUUGUUGAGGCCCUGUGUGGUUUCAAGAAGACCAUUCAAACGUUAGACAACAGGACGAUCGUCAUUACCUCCCAGCCAGGUGAAGUAAUCAAAUAUGACGACACUAAAUGUGUUCUGAAUGAGGGCAUGCCAAUUUACAGGGAUCCUUACGAUAGGGGACAACUUAUCAUUCAGUUCCAGGUGGAAUUUCCAGAAAAAGACUGGCUCCCAGAGCAUCUUAUGUACCAGCUGGAAAGACUACUUCCUCCCAGGGAUGAUGUGAUGAUUACCGAUGACAUGGAGGAAGUGGAUCUCUGUGAGGUGGAUAUGCGAAAACAGCAGAAAAACUACAGCAGAGAAGCAUAUGAGGAAGACGAGGAUAGUCCCAGGGGUGGAGUGCAGUGUCAGACACAGUGAUUGUAGUCUAUGAUACAAUGGACAAGGUUUGACCAAUGCCUUUAAAGUCCCGCUUUUCACAAAGUAAUGUACUGCGUUUAGUUUGAAACAGUUGCCAGUAUCAUUUUUGUGUGACUUUUCUUGGAACAUGAAUAUGCAAGUGGAGUACUCGUUUCACAUGUCACGAUGUUGUGCUCCCAAACUGUAUUUUGGUGUUGUCUGGUAUGUUCUCUAUUUAAGAUUCAUGUCUUUUAUAUGUAUGUUUCCUAAGAAAUCUAAGACACAAAUGUAUUCAUCCAGAAACUGAAAUGACUACUCGUAUGCUUUCUGUGAAGGUAAUUUCAGUCAUGACAAACCGUUUUAUUUCUCAAUAAAAGUCCAUGAAUGCUU